AUGGAGUUCCCACCGGAAAAAGAACAUGGCAAAUCUCCUGACGAUGACGUCGAGAAUCUACCGCACAGCGAUGUCCCGCGACCCACGCAACAGGAUCUGCUGCAGCGUUCGCUCUCAGCGCGCCAGGUGCAGAUGAUUGCUAUUGGCGGCACCAUCGGUACUGGCCUGUUUCUCGGUACUGGAAAGUCCCUUGCCACGGGUGGGCCAGCGUCGAUAUUGAUCGCCUACGCCAUCGUGGGUGCUAUCGUGUUUACGACCAUGUUGGCUCUGGGGGAGAUGGCGGCGUUUAUACCCGUUGCUGGAAGUUUUUGUACUUUUGCAGGACGUUUUGUUGAUGAUGCGUUUGGCUUUGCUCUCACUUGGAAUUACUGGUUCAACGACGCUGUGUCCACUGCCUCGGAUCUCGUCGCCCUGCAGCUCGUUCUCCAAUACUGGACCGACAACUUCCCCGGCUGGGCCCUCAGUCUCAUUUUCUGGGUUGUGCUCAUCGGCGUCAACAUUAUUUCCGUCAAAGCAUAUGGUGAACUCGAGUACUGGCUCAGUCUGCUAAAAGUCAUCACCAUUGUGGUUUUCAUCGUCAUGGGCAUCGUUGUUAAUUGCGGUGGAAAUGAGACGGGAGAGUACAUCGGCGGGAAAUAUUGGCAUAUCCCUGGUGCGCCUUUUGUUGGAGGUAUUGGUGGCUUUGCCUCUGUUUUCGUCACGGCCUCUUUUGCUUAUGGAGGAACUGAGAGUAUUGCCAUCACGGCUGGUGAGACCAAGGAUCCCACACGAAACCUCCCCAAGGUCGUCAAGAAUGUCUUUUGGCGGAUUAUCCUCUUCUAUCUCCUUUCCAUUCUUCUCAUCGGUCUCAACGUCCCUUACAACUAUCCCGAUCUCAACUCCAAGGAGACCCGCACUUCUCCUUUCACCAUUGUUUUUGAAAUGACGGGCGCCAAAGCUGCUGGAAGUGUCAUCAACGCCGUUAUUCUCACUAGUGUCCUGUCUGCUGGAAACCACGCUCUCUUUGCUGGAGUGAGAUUGAUGUACACUCUUGCUAUCGAGGGUCAUGCCCCCAAGGUCCUUGGGAAGCUCAACAGGAACAGAGUACCUUGGGUUGCUGUCCUUGUGACAGGGUUCGUGGCUGGUCUCUGCUUUGGCUCGAGUUUCAUCGGAGCGGGCGAUUUGUGGAAUUGGCUCCAGAAUAUCGUCGGUGUGUCCAACCAACUCAGCUGGAUCUCCAUCGGCAUCACGUCAAUCCGCUUCCGCCAAGCCCUCGCACUACAAGGCAAGACUCAUCUUCUCCCCUUCAAGAACUGGACGUAUCCCUACGGACCCUGGAUCUGCGUCAUUCUCAACAGUUUCCUCGUUCUCGUCCAGGGCUGGAGCUGUUUCAGUCCCAAGUUCGACGGUGUUAGCUUUGUCAGCUUUUACAUCGAGCUACCGGUCAUGCUGCUCAUGUUUGUGGUGUGGAAGCUUGUCAAGAAGACAAAGUUCGUGGGGCUGAGCGAGAUGGACCUUGAGACGGAUGUUUAUACGAUUGAGGAGAAGGUCACAGAGGAGACGGGGUGGAAGGCCAAGGUGAAGAAUGUGGUUACUUGGCUGUUUUAA